AUUAUUAACCAUGCAUAUUCAGCGAACACUUUGAGAUUGUGAAGAAAAAGCAUCCUCGUUCGAGAAAACAUGAAAUUGAACGAAUCCAUGUUAGACAAUUUGCAUCCUGGUUUGCUGAACGAGUUCAGUCCUUGAAUGAUGGAGAUCCAUUUUCAUGUGAUUUGAAAUUAUUGGCAAAUGGUCCAAAUCCUAUUGGAAAUCAAUACAAGAAAAUUUUGGUGAAUGGUUUCAGAUUUCAUACAAAAGAAGUGGAAUCAAAGAGAAAAACACAAAAUAGUGGAGUGGUGGUUAAUGCAGCAACAUCUAGUUUUUCAAGUACCAAGGAUCAAAAUCCUGUUAUGGGAGAUGUUGCAUAUUAUGGACUGUUGAAGAAUAUUAUUGAAUUAGAUUACAAUUGCGAUAGGAAAGUUGUUUUAUUGGAUUGUGAUUGGGUUUCUCAAGGAAAGAGGAUAAAACAAGAUGAUGAUGGAUUCACGAUGGUUAACUUUUCUAAUUUGAAGCCUCACAAUGAGCCGUUCAUCUUGGCAUCUCAAGCAAAACAAGCAUUCUAUGUCGCAGACGAGGAUGAAAAAGGAUGGCAUGUUGCUAUACAAUCAAAGCCCAGGGAUGUCUAUGAUAUGGAUUUAAUAGAUGAAUUCUAUGUCCACUUGCAGAGUGAUGUUUGUAAUGUCUUAGAUGCAGAUCAACAGAAUGAAGAUUUGAAUUGGGCUCGUGAAGGCACUACGGGAUAUGUUGUUGAGGCUUGAUUGAGAUUUGGUCUUAGUUUAGAACGAGACUUUAGCAUUAGACUUAGUGUUGAAAUUACAAGUGUGUGUAUAUCAGUUUCAUAUGGAAACAUGUCUUAUUGUUCUCCAAUUUCUAUAAUACGUUGUGUGUCAUUGUUAAAUAUCAGUUGUCAAUUGAGUGUGUGUCCUAAUCUGUUCCUUCAGUUUUUUUAUUAUUAUUAAAAGUACAUUAUAUAUCACGACUCUAAUUUUCUUGUAGUGAUGGCUCUGAGGACUCGGAGAUCAAAACUGUGCAGAAAGUCGAAUUAUGAAUUACAAGAUGAGGAGAUCGAGAUUUAUGAGCAACAAAUCAAACAAGCAGCUAUUGAUCAGCAAGUUGCCAAUAAAAUAAAGGAGCAUGGACAGCAGGAUAGUGUUAUGAAAUCACAACCAAAAAUUAGUCAAGUAGCUCGGGGACAACAGGCUAUUGGGGGUCAAGAUAUGACUUUGAGGACUCGAAAAUCAAUUGCACAAAGAAAGUUGAACCAUAGAUUACAAGAUGAGGAUGUAUCUCAUAGAUUACAAGAUGAGGAAGAGAUACAGGAAUACGAGCAGCAAAGUACCAAUCAAACAGAAGAGAAUGAGCAACAAUUGCAGCCAGAAUUUAGUGAGGGACAAGGUUCAUCAAAGAAAAGUCGGGGUCCAACUUACUUACCUAAUCUUUGGGCAAGAAACUCAAAUGAAGGGCGCAUACUUGUGAAUUUCAACAAGAGAGGUCAGCCUAUUGGCCCCAAUAAAAAGAUUUUUACGGGGUUUUUGGGUACAUUGGCAAGAAAUAGCAGGUUUACUCCUCUUGACAUUGAAGACUGGCGGAAAAUGCCAAAAAUAAGAAAGGAUGAAUUACUAAGGAUGGUGAAGGAGAGAUUCGAAGUUCCCAAAGAUGCAGACCAUUGGAUUUUGUUGUCUAUAGGCAAAAAGAGGAGACAUUGGAAAUCUAGGGUCAAAGGUGGGUCUUUUGUUCCUACAUUAGCGAUCGAGAAUCAGGCCCACAAUAGACCUAUUCGGGUACAUGAAGAUCAGUGGAAGAAUUUGUUAUCAUAUUGGGCAAAAGAAGAUGUACAGGAAAUAAGUGAUAAAAAUAGAGAUCAUAGAAAGUGUUCUUCUAUGCAACAAACUACUGGAAAGAUAAGUUUUGCCGAAGUUGAGGAAGAGUUGAAAGAAAAAUUGGGUCGAUCCCCAUCACGUGUCGAGAUGUUUGAAGCUUGUUACACUGAUCUCAGUGGUAACCCAUCAUCCGAUGAAGUUGGAGUUGCACUGGGAGAAAUGAAAGAAAUUCAAUCUAAAUUUUCAACUGAUUUCCAAGAUUCAGUUGGACCAAGUGACACAUUUUCUAGAGUUAUGGGCAAAGAACCCCGUGGUAGAGUACGAAUGAUUGGUUUAGGUGUUAACCCUUCUGACAUAUCAGGUGGUGUUCCUAGUCGUAGUGAGUGUUAUCGAAUGUUUUUGGAAAAUCAAGAAGCGCUGGUAAGAAUGGAAGAAAAAGUAAACGCAGCGACAACUCUGAUUGCAAGUUUAACAAAAAAAAUGCAGCAGAAUACUAGUUUUUCUACAGGACAGCAACCUACAUCUCCGAGUCAGUCGUCCAACUCAGUAAAUAUAGGACACUCUUUUCAGGUUGGGGAUGAGGUGCUUUUGAAAAGCUUAUUCAAUUCUAGAAAAGCUGUGGCAAAAGGUCGUAUUCGUAGUGUUGAUCCAAAUCAAGAAGUUGGAGGAAAACGACUUGGACUACAAUGGUGUGAAGUUCAAGUUUCAGUUCCAAUAGAAUGGGAUGAAGAACUAAUUAGGCCGUAUUCGAAUUUGUCUACAAUUGGAGACGCAAUCGGAACAUGCGUUGCAUGGCCUCACCACUUGGUGAAAGCCGAUGAUUUGGAUUGAUGAGAUGCUGAAAUAGCUUUAAAAGUGAAGCCUAGCUAGAGGUCUCAUUCUAAAAGAAAGUGAACUGAUGAGCAGAAACUCAUUCUAAAACAAUUGAUAUCAAUAUAGACAAUAUGUAAUAAGCUUUUUACUCAUGAUUGAGUAGCUAUUCCUUCAACAGAAUAUUCAUUAGUGAUGUUUGAAAUUUUAGAUUUGAAAUAAAGCAUUUUAUAUU